AUGGCUUUAGGGUCUUACCUCAGUGUGACCUUACUUCUGUCAGUGCUUGCAGCUGCAAAAUGUGACAUUCCUGCUGGAGCUCUUCAUAUGGAGUGUCAUGACCGCUACUUUAUGAUGACUGUUGAGCUCUCCUUUACUGGGAAUGACCCUCAAUUUGAGGCUGUUGACAGAACAGGCGUGUACCCCAUCACUGAGCAGUAUGCAGCUCAGUGUGGCUACACUGUCAGUGUUUUCCCUCAUCCGGUUCAUGUGGAGCUCCGAGCCUCUUACUUCAGCUGUCACACUGACAACAAAGAUGAUGAAGCGUUCACGUUCAACUUCAACCUGGUAGCAACUCAUGAUGGACAGAAGGAAACUUAUGCUUUGAACAAGACCUGCUCUCCCUCUCUCCCCUGGUCUCCAAAAGAGGUUACCUGUGAGGUCAACUACAUGGAGGUAUCUGUGAAGAGUGAUGUCACCUGUCCAUCUGGGACAAAGGAUGAAAGGAAUGCACUCAAACCUGCACAUAGCUCCACCACGUCAGAUUGGCAGGUGAUGUUCCAGAUAGAAGGUGAGCAGUUGCUGCCAAGGAACCUCUCUGAAGCUCGCAAGCAGGGCUAUGUGUUCGACCUGACGGAUGGAAGGCUUGUGUUUCGUGCACCGUAUGGACAACCUGACUCAUACAGCACUAUGAUGAAUGGUGUGCCAGUAGAGGUGGUCUAUGCAACCCUGUUCUCCAGACAAAGCUGGGUUGUCCUCAUGGUUGACCUUAUGGCUGCUUGCUCCAUGGACAAAGGGUUGUAUGAUGACAGCGGCUACAUGGUUUGGGGCAUUCCUGAGUCACCGUGUCCCAGUUUUUACAACACAAAUGUCAGUAUUGGACUGAACAGUGAACUUCUGGAGCAGUCUGCUGCAGAGGGGAGAGGCUACAUUAUGGAGACACACAACAGCACCAUCCAUAUCAGCAUCCCCUAUAAUGCUGAAGGAGGAUACAGGAAGAGCUUUGUGACUGGUGACCUCCAUGAGUUCUAUAUGUUUAAUCUCUACUUGGAACAAAUCUUUGUGGAUGACGAUAAUGUGGAGGCCAGACUCCGCUUUCACAGGACACUGGCCACACCCCUGCUGCCUCGCCCCGUUUUUACUGAAAACAAAACGGUAGUUGAGGAAAGUACGUUCACGGUCUACCUCGGAGAUGUCCCUGACGAUGUCGAGCUGGUUGCUGUUCAGCUCAACGGACAUGACUUUGCACUGCCCUUUACAAAUACAAGCACCUACACCAUCUCAAAAGUGGUUCAACCAAACAACACCCACAGCUACACUCUGAAGGUGCCUUUUGACGAUCCUGUCGUCAUACAGCAGUUCUCCAAAGAAGACGCAGCUAUGCAGCAUCAGUUGAAUAUCAACUACACACUGACUGUUCAGCCUGAAAAUGAUCCUUAUUACCACUUCACAUCAGUCACUGCAUUAACAGACAUCUCUCCUCCAACCUUCGACACGGUCUGUUCUGAGUCUGGGAUCAGCUUUAGACUGGACCACCGACCUUCUGACUACUUGUGGGACAUCAGCAUCGGCUCGGACCUUUUGACACCAGAACUGGCAGAGCAGCGUGGCUACAUCAUGACCAAUGAUAGCCAGAGUCUGCUGCUUGAAGUACCGCUCUUCACUGAAGGCUAUGAGUACAAGGACUUCACUCUGAAGGGAUUCUUUGGCACUUUUGAGAUCCUUGUGCGGGAUCAUGAAACAUCCGAGGUCCAGAGUUCUGCUGCCAAGACUUGUCCGUUCAUGACUACUGAACUCAUUGUGUGUUCCCCUGACGGGAGGAUGACUGUGGUGGCUGACUUGUCUCUGGCCGUCCCAAGUGGAGGGAUCCCUGCUAGAGUCAACCUCAUAGACAAAUACUGUGGACCCAAAGAGGCCGACAGCACCAGAGCACUCUUCUCUUUUCCAGUCAACACUUGUGGAUCCAGAGUCAUGCUCAGCAAAGAGUACGUAACAUACCAGAAUGAGAUUUUCCUCAGCAAGAAGUUCCGUGCUGGGAAAAACAUGAAAAAUAUUAAUUCCUCUUGUUACAGGGUGACUAUGAAGUGUACAUAUCCUCUGGCUGGGCUCCAUCGCCUCUUCUCAGUGUACAGGUUUGAGUCUGACACUGCCGGUGUUGGCCGCAUUCUGCGUUUUGCUAGUGACGGUCUGCAAAGUCCCACCAUGGAGCCCACCACAGGGCUUCAAACUCCAGUGUCCACUACCAGACGCACCAGAAGACCUGUUUCUAUACGACCUCUUCCAUACUUCCAAAUACCCAGCUUUCUAAAGAAUGUCCUGAAGAUAGGCUCAGGAAAACUUGAAGUGCAACUCUUCCUCAAUCUGGUCAUAUCCUGCAUUGAUGGUCUGUCACCUGUCAGCAAGAGCAGUCCAUAA